CGAGACACGAGAGGCAGGAGCCAGCGACCGGCAACAGUUUUCUCGGAAGGCAGCCUCUUCCUCGUCGCCGCCGACGUCACCCGCCGCGGCUGUCGGGGAUGCCGGUCAGGGUGGUCGAUACCGCCACGCCUUCCUCGCAGCCCUCCCCAGGGCAAGAAGCAAAUACUGGACACCCAUCUCCUCCUAGAUGUUCACUCUUAAGUGCUGGAAGAUCUUUUGCUGGAACUCAGAAUGUUUCAAGUCUGCAGAAGGAUGAAGCAUGGAAAGUGAAUGUCCGCAUCCAUGGUUGCGAUCUUGAACAGGGUUAUCUAUGUGGAACGAUGGAAGCGCUUAAUGUUCCAUUAGCAGAUACACCUGUAGUGACAUUCUGGGAGGGGGAGAUAGUGGAUGCUAAAAAUUACACCUUUUUCACUGGCAAGUGGGAGGCAUCACCAGAGGAUGAUAUAAGACAUUGGUCCAAGUUCCCAUCAUUUAUGCCUCUUCUGAGUCAGAUUGAGACAGACGGUGGCAAGUCUCUGGACUUUAGCAACUAUCCUUACAUAUUUAUGAGAUGGAAAGAACAGUAUUUUGUCAAUGUUGGAGUUGACUGUGGGUUAACCAUCGCUGGUUUCUACUACGUCUGCUUUUCUUGUAGCGAUGGCUCCAUCAGUGGAUUUUAUUAUGAUCCAAAUAGCAGUCCAUUUCAGAAGCUCGAAUUGAAGUGUACCAACGAGAAAAGUUCUGGAUUCACCUUUUCAUCCUAUGAGCUGCAGUGACAGGGCCAGAUGCAUAUAGUGUGUACUGAACUCAUACUCGCCUAAUGCUGCUGUAUUGAAAGAAACGAGUGGUGGUUUAUGCAACACUUCGUUUUCUCGCAAGAGCAAGACCAAGCAAACUGUCACUUUGUAAUCUGCAGAAGCAUCUUAUCUUUUCUAAAAUGUACCUUUCGUAUUAUGGUUGUGUUCAUGGUAUGGUGCGUCCAAAUUCAGUUGGAUAGGGAAUGUGAGGGCUAGAUGUUGAUCCAGAGAAAUGCUAUAUACCUUUUCCACAAUUGUUCUCUGCCAUUGGGGAUUUCUAUUUC